AUGGCACAGUCUGCCGAGCAGUCCACCAGGACUCCAUCCAAAGUCGCCGACGAUGCCCCCACGAGUAGAGCUCGACUAGUCACCUACUUCCUCAUCUGGAAAGUAGCGCUACUUCUGGUUGCCUGCGCGAGUCCAGGACCUGGCUACGACACCUCAACGCAGCUGUUCUUCGCUCAGAAUAAUGCUGAACCCUCCGCAUCCUCGCCCGGACUUCUGGCACAAGUCCUCCAGCACGUCGCCAUCAAGCUAACACGCUGGGAUGCCAUAUACUUUACAUCCGCUUCAAUCAAUGGUCUGGUCUACGAGCAGCAAUGGGCAUUCAGUCCGACAUUCGCCAGAAUCACCUCACUUCUGGCCGGCGCAUUUCCCUCCUCUCUCUGCACUUCAACAACCUGUCACGCCCUCUCCGCCAUCUUGAUCUCCCAUGUCUCCCAUCUCCUCGCCGUCCUGGUGCUGCACUCUCUCGUCCUCUCCAUUCGGCCCUUCACUUCUAACCCUGGUCGUGCCCACCGCAUCGCCUUCACAACAGCAUGUCUGCACAUCCUCUCCCUAGGAGGCCUCUUUCUCUCCUCAGCUUACGGUGAAAGCACAUUCGCCUUCCUCAACUUCAGCGGCAUGCUAGCCUACGCUCUCGCCUCCCCAACCAACAAUACCAAAACUGGCAUAACCUCCAUCCUCUACAUCCUCCUCUCCGGCACCUUCUUCGCCCUCGCAACCCUAAUCCGAAGCAACGGCCUCUUCUCCGGCCUCAUCCUCCUCUGGGACGCCCUCACCCUCUCCACCUCCCUCCUAUCCUCACCCUCCUCAUACCUCACCAGGAUCUCUCAACUAGCCACCACAAUCCUCUCCGGCACCCUCAUCGCCCUCGCCUACACCCUACCGCAAUACUUCGCCUACCUCGAAUUCUGCUCCAAGGUACCCCCAACAGAACUCCGACCUUGGUGUACUAACACCCUCCCAAGCAUCUACUCCUUCGUCCAAUCCCACUACUGGAACGUCGGCCUCUUCCGGUACUGGACCCUCUCCAAUAUUCCUCUCUUCCUCCUCGCGUCACCCAUGCUGCUCCUACUCACCGCCACCGCUUUGACCUGCUGCGAAGAUCCCUACUCUGCAUCCUCGACCACCGAAGCAAGAAACCAGCCAGAUCCAUUUCGCACUCCCGACGCGGAAGACAGCCGCGACCGCUACAAAUCUCUCAUGCGCCGCUUCGCCGCUCCACAACUCCUCCUCGUGGCGUUGGCGAUCACGACCUUCCACGUGCAGAUUGUCAAUCGCAUUGCUUCGGGGUAUCCGGUGGUGUAUUUGAUGGUGGCGAUUGUGAUGGAGGGUGGAGGAGGAGCGGGAGAGGAGAGGAUGGGUUGGCUGGGAAGGAAGAGGGUCGUGGAGUGGGUCGUUAGGGUGGGGACGGUGUAUGCUGUUGUGCAGGGAGGGUUGUAUGCGAGUUUCAUGCCGCCUGCUUGA